UUUAUAUUUCCAAGUAUUCGGACUGUCUUCAUCCAUGCCCGUGGUAUAAUGGAAAAUCUGGCUAUAUUGUCAUUUGCAAGCUAAUUAAGGGGAAGAUCAAGGCUGUCCCAGAGAACUACACAAGCAAUUACACCAACCCGACUCCCAGCUAUGACUGCCAUGUGGCUAAGAAUGGAAGCAGUGUUUCCUUGAAGACAAGUCAUUUUCAGGCCUUUGAGCUGAGUCAGUAUUACGUGUAUGAAUGUUCCAGCCACGGUGUUGCUGAACGCCCUAGGCAGAUCUGCCCCUACAUCAUUGUGGCCUUUCAGUACAGUGAACGUCUCUCAAUGUCAGCGUUAGAUCCCAGCACCACAACUGAACUUGAAAACAAAGUAUUAUACUGCCCGUGGAGGGGGCAGCUGUCUAUCCAAGGACAGAUUUUAUGCGACAUUGCCCUCAGAUCACCAUAUAGCGCUGUGAUUCCAGCACAACUGCCACCCAGACUGGAAAUCAAAUGUGUCAUGGGCCUCUCUGAUUUGAAAACAAAGCUACCAGAAGCUGCAUUCAGGAAAAGUAAUUACACAGAAAAUGAAGUCUGUUAUCAAGGCAUUUACUUCAGUUUGUUCGAAGUGGAAAUAUCAAGCAAAGAUCACCAAAAAAUGGAUCACUUAUUAGAAACUCUAAAGAAAAAAGAGUUGGCGAUCAUCAAACACCUGCAUGAUCAAGGCUUUCUUUUCUUACUCUCCUCCUCGGCAUUAACGAGGGAUGAAGCUUUUGAUCCUGAUGAGCCCAUCAGUCUCCUUGCCUUGUUCCUCUUCACUUCAUCUAGAUCAACAUAUGUAACAGGACAGAAACAGGACUUGAAACUUGAAAACAAAAUCAGCGAUCUAGCUCUAAAAGUCUCCUGUAUUCUACCAGGCCUUCGCUACGCCUAUCUUGAAGCCACAAAGUGCCCGUUGAGUGCGGGCAGCCACUCCAGUCUUCUGAUUAAGCAUUACUUCCAGGAGUUUGCCAAACUUGAUAAAAACACACCAGCAACUUCCAGCAAAAAAAACAAGCUUCCCCCUUGUCUUCACAUAUCACCAGACAUGCCUGAAUGUCUUGAUUCUUCUGACCAGUGGCAAAAACAGGUCGUUUCUCAGCUGCAGACUUACCUCCGUGAUCCUGGCAGCUACACUUUGGAAAUGUCUGCAGCUUCUGACUGUUUGGCUGGCAACCCUCCGCCCUUGUGCUGUGACUCGACUGGGACUUGCAAUACUGAUGUGUCUUUAGUUUUGCCUCCUGACUCUGUUCUUCCAGACAUAGCUGCCGAGAUAAGGGUUGAAACUGAAAAACCUAAGCCCACGGCAGGACUGAACCCAGGGAGUGAAGACGCCACAGCCAACACCAACCCAGCAAGUAAUGUGAAGUUGCAGCAGAAUAAGAGGAAAUCCAGCAGGGCCAUGGUAACGAAUACUAGGAAGAAGUGGGCCCCUUUAAAGAUGCUUUCGGUGGUGGACACUAACCGAAACAGACAAGGGACCAAAAAGAUAAAGGUGAACAUGACUUUCCCAUUUCCCAAGAAACAAGGGCUCACAACGUAUUCGAAUGAGCCCACACUCAAGUUGGCCAAUUUGCAGUUUCCACACAGAAGGAAAAGAGGGGCUGAAGUGCUGUCUGCAGAAUUUGUGCAUCGAACGCAGUCUGAACCCACACCCAAAGGCACCUCCCCUCCUGACGAUGCUGCUUUGACAACCCAGAGACCAAAGAAGCUGAAGGAAAUGGAUGCAAUAAAAGUUCCAGACACUGAGAAAGUCUCAAAGCAAAUGAAAAGUAAGACGAUAAAAAGUAUAGCUCCAGGCAGCUGUAAGCCCAGAGCCAGAAAGCAAUUGGAACCGGCAAAAAAAGAGUCAUUCUCCCUCUCACCAAAUGAAGCCCCCUUGAAAAGUCAAGGGACAGCUGGUGAUACAAAUGAGGCUUACACAGAAAGUGUUGGCACUCAAGACAUCAACCUGUCUCUGAAAGGAAGUAACUAUGAAUCUCAUGCCUUGAACUUGCUAGCUGACCUCGCUCUGGGCUCUUGCGUUCCCCCAAUUAUUCCUAAAGACAAUAGUGCCAACUUACCUCCGGGCACUGCAAAGGAGCAGCGCCGUCUUCAUAAGAAGAAGCCGUCACGAGUGGCUUCUGACCACGAAUAUCACCGGGUGGAUAAGCAACCGAAGGGAGGAUCCUCAUCUAGCAAAACACAUAACCAUAAACUUUCAUCUCCUGAAAACUCUGAAUCAAAAAAGGGCUUUGCUUCUAGCCCAAAAGAGAAAAUCCCUGUGAUUUCCAACAAGAAGAACAGCACCAGCCCUAACUCGACAAAAGCCCGGACGUUGCCCUCUAAGGAGGGCAUAGAGAUGUUAGAGGGGAGCAAGUACUCUACUAUCUCCUCAGAGCAUUCUUACGCCUCCUUGAUGUCCGAGCACCCUAAAAAACAGGGUCACUCAAAAGGAGCGCAAGGUUCUUCCCUCUCCAAGAAUGGAGCCAAAAACGCCAAGACCGGCCCACUCAUUGGGAAGGUGCUGCCUUUCCGGCAUCAGCAGAACAACACUCACAUGCCAAAGCAAUUCAAGGACUUGGUGGUAAAGCCCAGGUUGAAAGAGGACUUCUUCAAAUCGCACACAGUGAACAGCUGUGACGGGUCUGUCAAAGUGACGUGCCAGUGGGAAGCCGAGUACCUCUUCAGUCUAGAUAGCCAGUACACCAAAGACUCCUUAGAGAAAACCGUCAUUCGGGCUCUACACGGGCCCUGGAACCCUGAUUUACCUGACGACGUGGAAGACAAGAAGCUGAUACUUCAUAUGUGGAUCGCUCUCUUCUACAGCAAGCCGAGUAAACUCCUAAACAGUACAAGGAAGGUGGUAGAGCACAGCAACCCUGAAAAAUAUGUAUCCUUAAACAGUACCCUGGACCCUUUUGAACUAAGUGAGGAUGGCGAGGAUUCUUUGGGCUUGGAAACAUGCCCUGCAGACUCUUCAUCUGAGGCUAAACGGACUUCUAGCUGUAGCCAGGAUCCUCUGGAACUAAACAAAGAUCCUGAGGGAUCCCUUGGCUUGGAGAAGUGCCCUGCAGAUUCUCAAGGGGAGGCUGAACAGACUUCUGGCACUGUCCCUGACACAACAUCCUCCCCCUCUGGACAAUGGCUUUCUGGCAACGAACCAUCAACCACGAGUUGUGUCGAGACCUGUUCCCUCGAUGAGUGUCCUGAUCCCAGCAGGCUGCUUUUGAGAGAUGGGCCCCAAGACGUCACCGCUGGUGAACGUGCGAAUAGUGUUGGUGCCUUCUCUAAGGUGGAUGAAGAGGAAAGUGAAAGAAAGGAAUUGCCUGACCCCCUGGUCUCCACCGGUAGCUGUAACAACAGCACCUCUGAGGAACACAGCAAUGCCAGCCCAAGACCAAAAUCCCUUGGCGCUGACAGCUCAGAGGAAGCAAAUCCAGCCCUUAAUUCAAGUAAAGUUUCACAACAUGACACUUCUUUGGCAAAGAAUGAAUUUCCAGAGAAGCUGGACAAUAUGCAGCCUCUGGCUAAGGGCGAGGAGUCUGUCCUUCCUGAGGGAAGUACAGCAGUGGAGGGCCUCACUCUCACCACUGAAGAUAAAGACCAAGGGCAUGUGGCUGCUGAUGAAUCGCUCCCUGUCUGCGAAGAAUUACGGUUACAAGUGAGCCCUGAGUGCCCAGAACAUGACAGCCCUGACAGAGAAGUGAGCAACUUGCAAGAUCCAUUAGAAAACCAGGAGGAAGAAGAGGAAGAGGAAGAUUUUGAGUACCAAAAUAUGUACCUGGAGCCAAUUGUGUUAGCCCUUUCAGAGAGUAAUGAUGCCGAUAUGGAGCAUGAAGAUAUUGACCAGGAUCCCGUUAACUUAGUCCUUCCUAAGGAAAUCUACAUCCCUGAAGAGAGCGACACACCAAGGACAGCUGACUUGGAGUCCCCCUGUGACAGUGGCUUAAAUCUGACAUUGUCAUCUGACACGAGUCCUAUCCAUUUGGGCCCCUUCAGUGAAACAGCGCAGUCUCCAGAGGCCCAUCCAGGCAACCAAGAAGCCAUUGCCUUACCGGUUGAAGAAAUGAACAGCACCCGUUUGGAGUAUGAUGAUCAGGACAUGGAUGCAAUCAAUUUAAUACUUCCUAAAGAAGCUUCAGAAGAAAGUAAUGCUCUCAGUACUGUUGAGUUGGAGUCCCCAUGUGAUAGUGGAUUAACGUUAACGUUGUCAUCUGAUGCCAGCCCUCUCCACCAAGUACCUUCUGACACUAUAACACAGUCUCCUGAGGCGCUUUCGGGGAACCAAGAGGUCCCUGUAUUACCAGCUAAAAAAAGGAAUGACAAUUUGGAGAAUCAAGGUAAAGACCCAGGGUCGAUUAACUUAGUUCUUCCUAAGGAAAUGUGGAUACCGGAAGAGAGUGAUGCAGCUAGCACAGUUGACUGGGAGUCCCCAUGUGAGAAUGGAUUAACUCUGACAUUAUCCUCUGAUGAGAGUCCUGUCCAUCAAGAACUUGCUGCUGAAAUGACACCAUUUCCAGAGAUGCAUUCACAGAUCCAGGAGGUCGCUGGCCUACCAGCUAAAGAAAUUGAAACAUCAGCCCCAAGUGAUUCAGUGGAGGACACCAGCAUCUCCCAGGAAGAUGGAGGCAAUGAUUCGUCUGAGCACACUUCAUUGAGCAUUGAGGAAUCCAGCCAAGUGCAAAGCAGUAUGCUAACUCAGGGAGAGCAAAGGAGCUCUCCUAACGAAAUGGCAGAGUCACUAAACAAAUCUGCAGGAGCAGGACAAAGCCAGGACUUAGCCUGGGAAAAUACAGCCUUGGAAGUUGACUCGACAGCUGAGGAGACCUGGAACAAACCUGAGAACAGCAGUGUGUGUCCUCUUCCUGAAACAUCACUAUGCCAUGAUGAGUUGGAUGAGAUGACUCCAAGGACUGAGCUUGGAGAGCCCAAGACUUCCCUUUGCGAACUGCAGGAAUCAACUCCGACCUUUUUAAUGAAAAGCGACAAAUCUGUUACUAAAAAGCAUGCGGGUGUAAAACAAAUGAACUUCAUAAACCAUUGGCCUGCACGCAGCCCUGGUUGGUGCGGGGUGGAGAGCUUCUCAUCGGACAGGCCUUCUCCUCCUGAGCCUGAACACACGAGUCUCAGUCCAUCGCAGCCGUCCUCUACUCCCACCAGCAAAGCAGCGGCUCUGCACUACGGUUUCUUAGACCAAAGCGAGCAGGAUCCAGUACUCCACAAAGGCCUGAAUUCUGAUCGCAUGGAUCAAGGAGACAUCCCAGAGAUAUGUCACUCCAUCCCUGAGGGUCAAACAGCCUCUUCUGCUGUGGAUGACCCCUCAGGUUCGAAUGACAUGGAACAGGCCAAACCCCCAAUGUUGCUAGAACAAGAAAUUCCUGUAGUUAAAACAGUGGACUUGCUCAAGAGAGAGGAGCAAGACUCUGCAAUAGGCCAACCCAAUCCAGCCAAAGUGAUGACUUGUGUCCUUUCUCAGCAGCCCGGCCUUUCACCUAGCAGAGAGGCGGAUCUAUACAGCUCCGUAUUAGAGCAAAGUGAACCUGAUCGGCUACUUCACCAGAAUAUAAAUCCCAACCCCGCCGGUCAAACGAAUGUUGCAGAGACAUGCUCCAUCCCUGAGAGCCAAGCAUCGCCUUUGGCAGCGGAUCAUUCCUCGGUUUCUUGUUACGCAAAAGAGACGAAAAAAGACACAUUCCUAGAGCUUGAGCUCCCUGCAGCUAAAAUAACAAGCUUGCUAGAGCGCGGCAGCAAAGGGCCCUCGCCGUGUGAGGAAUUUGAUCUGGGAAGCGGUAGCCCCACAGCAAGCACAGCCUCUAUUUCAGGAGAGGAGGAACCAACGGGACAGACAUGUGAACAGAGCUCUGCUGGGGAAACGCCAGACACGCAGAGGGACCCCGUGACAGGAGAAUCAGAAGCAUGUGCUGAUUCGGACACGGCAAGGGAAAAACCUUCCGUUUCCUUUGUUCAGAUGCCUGCUUUACUUACCCAGAGAGACUCUGGAGAGAAUUCAGAACUGAGUGAUGCAGAGGAAAAUUUGCCCAGCCGGAGUACAGAAAUCAUUAUCAAAGACAUCAGUGCGAGCGCGGCCUUUGAAGAUGUAUCACGUGAGGCUUUUUCUGGAGGCUCUGACCAUGAGUACUUUGGAGGAACCGUGUACACCAAACUUAAGUUUAGUGGCUCUUGUAGUACAAAGACCAUGGAUGCCAUCAAAAUGACAUCCAUGGCAAGGACUCGUUAUGAGUCGCCUACGAACAAAGACAGUAAGGCCAAGGACUGGGACUCUUCGGAGAUAGACAAAAGGGUUUUGGGGGUUGAGUCUGAAGUGUGGCAGCAUAGCUGGCCUGCUAGGUUAGGGGAAAGUGAUAGGCACGUACCCCCUUUUGUCAAUAUGGGAAAUGAUCAGGGCACUCUAAAGGACUACACAAACUUCACUGUUACCAAAAAGCACAAGGACAAAACUAGAACGUUACAACCUUCAAAAAGACACGAUGGCUUGAGGGAACGAUCUGACUUAAUAAGCUCUUUGACGAGGACCUGGAAGGCUUUUGACGACCUCACACAGAACACUUUAGACAUGGAAUGUCUACGUUUCCAUUAUAAGCUAAAACAAAUCAUAAAGAGACAGAAAUCACACUACUCUACCUCUUGUGGUAUCUUUCCAAACGAGUUUCCUGUCCAGGUGACACCGGAGACUUUGCCCUCGAGAGAGGCACACGAAUCCCCUGUUCUCAAUGCGCCAUCCAGGAGUCACAGCCCACUUCUGGUGACAAUUGUGCAUUCAGACACAAAACCUCGUAGCUCUGGUUGGCACCUAAGAAACAGUAGCCCCACAGACUUUGAUGACCCCCCGCUGUGUGUCCCACGGCAGGAGAAUUUUAUCAGCGAAAGAAAUGCUGCAAAAAUCAAAAGCCAGAGCCACGACUAUGCCGUUCCCUUCCACCUCAGCAAAUUAAAAUAUGACAAUAAGCUAAACGAAUCAAGAGGGGAUAUUUCAGGCAUUCUAGAUGAAUAUGCAGAGUUUAACAGGGUGAUGCUGAACAAUAUAUAUGCGGGUAACAAAGGGCGAGGCCAAAGCACUACCUCAGAAGAGACCACUUGCAAAAGGGCAAAAUACAGCUAUUUCCCCAGAAGAACGGCCGUCUACGACACCAUGAUCGCGGACUUGUGCAGCACGCUGCAUUUCCGGCUCAAAGGUGUCAUGAAAGAGGCUUGCAAAAACACUUUCAUGUUCUACGUGGUUGAAACCAGUGACGAUUCUUUCUUUGCGAGGAUGAAGAACUUGCUGAAGAAAGGCGGCCACACUGAAAUCGAACCGGUGAACUUCUGCAAGCUAAAACACCGAGAGACGGACCGGCUGAUCGUCAUUAUUAGGAACGAGGACAUAUCUUUGCAUAUUCAUAAAAUCCCUUCCUUGCUGCGGCUAAAGCACUGCCCAAACGUGACCUUUGCGGGAGUGGAUGGCCCAGAGGACGUAACUGACCACACCUACCAGGACCUCUUCCACAUGGGCGGCUUCGUGGUCUCAGACGAGGAAGUAUUAGAAACGGUCACUUUAGGUCAGCUGAAAGAAAUGGUUAAAGCGCUGGAGAAGCUGAAUGGUACUGGGCGGUGGCGAUGGCUGCUUCACUACAAAGAAAGUAAAAAGCUAAAAGAAGAUGUAAGGGUGGAUUCGAAUGCUCAUAAAAAGAACUUGAUCCUGAAGUCCUGCCAGGGGGUGAAUAUCGUGGAAGUCCUUCACUACCACCAGUGCGACUCCAAGUCAUCCACAAAAUCAGAGCAUCUCAAGUGCUUGCUGAACUUGCAGGUGCAGCACAUCAGUGCCAGGUUUGCAGUGUAUCUCACAGAUAAGCCUAGCGUCAGCAGAGAGGUCUUUGAAAGCAAAGGGAUCCUCGUGGUGGAUGUGAACACCUUCAUCAGCACUGUGCAGAAGGUGGCCGCCCCCUUUAAAAGAAGCUACUGGUGACAGAAGUCGAGCCCAGGCCUCCCUGCCCCCAGCGAGGACGAAGAACAAAGUGGAGCUCAUUGCUAUGCUUUUAAGCAUUUGAGAUGGAAAGAACUUUAUUCUUUCAGGUCCUGCGACUGCACAAUAAACCCCCUGUGCAGAAAGAACAGGUGACUUCCCUUCCUUUUAGUUGGGUAGAUUAUUAGACUUUAUUUAAGGCUUCAGAAGCUUUCUUACGACGCUAUCGGGCCCCAAUCCCGGGUUGCUUAGAGAGGUAUUUUAACAUAUGCAAUGUUUUAAAUUAUUUUAUUUUCCAAAGGGGAAUGUUUGUUAACUGAAUCAAGACCAGAGGAAGCAAAAUGAUUUACUUGACAGCUGGGAGCAAUGCCGGUCCAUCCCAGCAGCCGGUUUCUAUACCUGGGCGGUCAUGUACAUAUGUACACAAGAUGCAUGUUGUAUCAGUGGGCGGGAGGGGAGAGGAGGGCAGGACAGGGGCGGGGGGAGGUUGUACAUUUUAAAUGGCGGUUGAGGAUUACUGCUCUGGCAGUCAGUCUGCAACAGCCCAAUCGACACUACAGGUCAAGUUGCUGCAGUCAUUUUUUUUAAUGGUACCGUUACACUAUUGGAACUCCUUUAUUUUCCACUACGGAAAUCUUGUAAAUAGGACAACCGGAUGCCGAAACCAAGAGCACAUAUUUAUGGCCUUCCACAAAGCCGAUGGAUUGAAAGGCCCAUUCAGCACUAAAGCAACGUUUGUAAGAUACGUUCCCGAUGUAGUUGGAAGAAGUUUUUGUAACUAACCUUUUUUUUUUUUUUUUUUUUUUUUAAAUAAGUGAACUACGGGAAACGCAGUUGUGUACAGGACACCUUUGUACAGAGUUUGCCUAAUAAAACAGGAAAAUGACAUCUCU